AUGGUUUCUCUAUCAUCAAUCUUUUACGCCACUUUGGCUGCUGCCGUAGUGUCUGCUCAGCACCCUAUUGAUGAAUACAAAGCCCAGGACCGUUAUGUCAGCAUAGCCUCUAGACAACUUGUCAGGGCCUUCACAGAUGCCAAGUCGCCCAAUGUCAAUGCUGCUCAAGCUUCUUCCGAGGCUCAACACUUCGUCACUGCUUUGCUUGACUACCCGGGAUUCAAAAAGAUCAUUCAACAGGCUGAAAUCCAGCUCGGUAAUGAGAACGAGAACGUAGAUACAUAUGCCGUUGCCUCGACUUAUCUUGCCUCAGUCAGCAAGGCUUACGACGAGUUCUCUCGAGGCCCAAGUUUCGCUCCUUACACCAGCUACUUCAAGGCCCAUAUCACUGAUUUCGAUGUUCAAAAGGGUAUUAGAAACGCCCGUUCCACUGCCAAUGAGUACUAUCCUUUGGUUUCCGAGCCUGUCAAGUCGUUCUUUGCCGACCCCCGAGGCAAAGCCCUUGGUACCUCUGCAGCUAACCUUGCCCGUCACUUUGUCAGCGACGUUGGUUUGGGCAAAUAUGCCAGCCACAUCCCCUCUGGUCCUCCAAUGGACCCUGUUGAAGCUCCUGUUCCCGAAGACGCUGUCUACACCACCAUCUACGCCACGGUCAGUGCUCCCAGUGACGACGAAGACGAGGGCGGUGACUGCGGCUACAGCCCCUUGUCGACUUCUGAGAUCGCUCCUGCUCCCACUCCAGUUGCACCUAUCCCUGUCACCGUGACUGUGACCAAGUCUCCCGAGUAUGUAACCAGUGCCAUCACUGACACCUACAGCGACUACUGCUACACCUACUAA